AAAUGGAUGGGUCUUUUUAAAAUUCAAAGUCGGUAGGUGAAAUGACGUUGUAAGCUAACGUCAUCACUCACACAGUACCCAUCUGUUGGCCACUCAACCAAAUUAUACCCUCAAACGAAUCUCUUCCACGCCAUCACACCUCAUUAAACGACGUCACACCGUACGUCCGCUGAAACGGACGUCGCUAUAAAUUCAGGUUUUCACAUUCAACCGAAUUACUCACCUGAUCACGGAUCCCAUCCACCGCUCGCAGAAGAUAUUAUAUGGAGAAGAGAAAACGGGAAGAUGACGGCGGAUCUCACGUCAGGAAGCCGAAGGCGCCAGAUGGACAAGGCGGUGGCGCUGCGGUGCCGGCGGAGGAGGAGGUGGAGGAGUUCUUCGCGAUUCUGAAGCGGAUACAGGUGGCAGUGAAGUAUUUUCAGGAGCGGAAAGACCGGCGAUGCGCGGAGUCUGAGAUGACCGCGGCGGUGGCGCCGCCGUGGUGUCCGACGUUUGAACGGGAGGAUUUUGAAGGGGUGAAGAUGGAGGGUGAGAGAUCGGAGGGAAACCCAAGUGUGGAUUUGGAUCUUAAUUCGGAUCCGGCUUGUGAUGUUCCGGAUCUUGCAGAUUAACCUAAUUAGAGAUUAUUAAUUGUUUGUUUCCUUUUUUUUUUACUUUUUUUCUUUGAAGCGGCGCUGUUGUAGAUUUUACGUCUUCUAAAUCUUCUACUGUCGCCGGGGACUCAUGUACAAUUACUGAAUUACUCCUGUUUAGUAUUUUAGGAGAUUGCUCA